CCUUGACGACGAAAGACGCGGUUCCUCCUGCCAAAUCCUCCGUGCCGAGCGACUCGGACUCUGUGCACACCCGCCACCCCGCUUUGGGCCAAAGAGCUCCUGCAGCUCUGGAUGACUACGGAGUACUGUUAAUCUUCCCGAGGUCGCAAUCCCAACCUCCUCGAGUCGCUCACUUUUAUCAGCGCUGGCCCGUCUCUAUUCUUCCGGUCGCAUUCUCUCUUAGCUUUUGCAGUUCGUCCGCACACGCCAUCUUCAUAUAUACAGGAUGGGCAGCUACACAUUUCGAUGGCCGUACAACGCGAACGAGGUGUUUGUCACCGGAACUUUCGAUGACUGGGGUAAAACCAUCAAGCUCGAUCGGAAUGGGGACGUCUUUGAGAAGGAUGUCCACUUUCCGGUAGAAAGCGACAAAGUCCAUUUCAAGGUAUGUCAUGGACAUUUGGCUUGUCACAGCCUCGCACAUGACCUUCAACUGCUCUCUGAACCUGCUUUCUCGAGCAUUCUGCCUGCCCGCCAGCCACUCGGCACGCCUCCUCCAGAUAAGCACAACGCAAUGAAGAUUGUGGCGAUGACGCCGAGUCUCGGCUUGAUACCGUUGACGUCAUGGCACCUUGCGCAGUCGUUCCACCCCACAUCAUUACAAAACUAUAAGACCCCCUCGUGAGAUCGCUAUCGUAUCACUGACGUGUAUACUCUCGCCCUUAGUUUGUCGUUGACGGCAUUUGGACGACCGAUAAUCAAUUACCUGAAGAAGACGACGGGAGUAGCAACGUCAACAACGUCCUCUAUCCCGAUCAGAUCCGAAAAGAUUCAAUUGCAGCUUUACAAAACGGAACAGACAUGGCUACGCUCUCUGGUGUAGCUCCUCACUCCACAACCGCCGCUCUCGCUGGUGACGUUCCCAGGGAGUCUAGCAGGACAGCAGCUCCCGGGUCUACGACCGCAGGGCUGGACAAGGAUGUUCCCCUAGAGCAGAGGGCUGCUAUUCCUGGGGGAUUUCCUGCGGAGUCUCCGUACAGUGAAUACUCUGUGAACCCAAUACCCGCCUCUAGCGGCAUCGGCAAUCCGAUCCAUCUGAAACCCGGGGAGAAGGUUCCGGACCCUAGCACAUUCAACUCAAAUACUGUGCAAUCCACCGCGCGAACAGAUAAAGCCGCAUACGACCAGCCUCCCAGCUCUACACAGCAGGAUGGUGGUGCGUUCUCCGUUCCACCAGUGUUGAACACCACGAUUCCCGAGUCCAGCCUACCAAUGGGAGAUGCAGCGAAUCCUACAUCUACCGACCCCGGUGUUACGAUUCAAUCUGCCGCGCCCGCAUCAACCACCACCGGGUUGGCUGCUAGUGUUCCACUAGAGUCGCAGAAGAAGCAAGCCAGCAGCACCGCACCUGCGAACGAUGUCCCUAAAGUUGUGAAAGACUCACUAUCGAAGGCACAUCAAGACCCCGAAGCGGCGGCAAACGAGGAGGCUUUAGAGGAAAAGAAGGCAGUUGAGCAUGAACUCCAGCAAAAGAUUCAUGUUGAUAACUCCCAUGGCACGCCAGCGCCUUCUGACACUGCUGCUUUCAUUGAAACUGCCCCAAAGCCCACUGUUGCGGAUCCGGGAUCAGCACAGUUAUCACCACGAACGACCACGCCUACGGGGCCUUCUGGGGCCGGCGCCGCAAAGACCGAGGAGCCUAAGAAGGAGGCCACAAGGGAGAGCAAGACUCCUUCCAGCAACAACAACAACAUUGCACAGAUUCCUUCAGCUGGUUCGCCUGGAAAGGAAGAGAAGAAAAAGAAGCGAUCAAGCAUCUUUGCCAAAUUGAAGGAGAAGUUCAAAUGAGCGACGUUUGAGCGGAUGAUGUCUUAUGAUACCAGUUGCUGAUUCGUCUGGAUACCUUGUUAUGCGCGUUCAUACUUGAUUAUUGUCUUUGGAUUAUGAGGAUACGCUAAGUUGGUAGUGGAAGUAAUUGAUGAGUAUAAUAAUACUUUAUAUUAUUGGGCAUCCUGCCUAUAUUGGUAUCGCAUUGCUCACUUGCCCGUUCAACUUGACUGGAUAUGCCAGGACACUUGAAUCAUUAGUCAGUCAUACAAACCUGUCAGGUAGUACUAGUAGAUUAGAGGAACUUACUCUUUUCCCUUCUUUGUAAAACAACACCCGCAGAAUAUCGACGCAGGGUAGCACACAACAGCCGCAACGACUGUGACGACGAAUCCUACUCAUGCCAUGAGUUCUAGAGGUCGGCAAGAAUGGAAUAUCUCCUCAGACUAAACGUACCGAG